AUGAGUCGCCCAUCGGAGACAGCGCAAAAUCUACCAAGAACUUCUGACAUCCCAGUCCAUCAGCCGUUGAAUACUCAAGCUCCAUCGUUGACAGUACCUGAGCCAGGUCAUUACCCACCACCUCCUCAGCCUCCCGUGAACGCUUACGCCGAUGAACCCUCCGGAAAUGAGGCUAAACAUUACACGUCCUCUGCGUCUUGCCUGGUGAACACGGUGCAGCCAUCAGCUCUCCAGGCUGGGGCCGAUAACACUCAUCAAGACUUGGCGCCACCUCAACUCUCAACCCCCAGCGAUCCUGCCCGUGUCUCUCAACAGGGUGUCACAGCACAAGCGAUAGAGCAAAUCUCCGAUGGACUUGGCAGCCUGAACAUACAGGCCCCGGCUUCGUCGAAGAGCGCGCCUUCAGGUCCCGAGGAUGAAGACUUCCACGAGUGGAAACGACCCAUCCCCCCCGUCACCGACGAUGGGAAGUCAAACACCACUAUCUGGGAAUGCCCAGAACAGCGAGAGCUCGACUACGAGGCCGAGUGGUACCACUUGGCUAGCGUUCCCGAUUUCCUCAUCUGCACUCGCUGCCACGAGAUGUACCUGUCUGGGACGCCUUUCGCUGCUUCCCUGGAGCGCGUCCGACGAGCUGUCGGGCGAUGUCGCUUCAACGUGCCACGAGUUACCAGGAGUCUGCUUCCUGAGUAUAUAAAGCACAAUGACGACGCGCCUAUCCGGGAGUUCACGUCAGCCCGUAUGACUGUUCUAGACUGCAAGGGUCAACAAGGCUCUCAAGGCGGUGCUGGAAUCAAAUGGUUCAAGCUACUCGACGAUCGGCUCGAAGGCUUCAUUUCCUGCGAAGCCUGCUACGAGGACAUUGUUCUGGCGACGCCUUUCCGACAACACUUCAUCGCCUACGACACAGCUCAGCCCCUUGAUGCCACCUGGGCUUGUGACAUCUGCCUACCCUUCAUUGCUCGAUCGUUGAUCAAAUACUCCAAGAAGACUGGAAACGCCUGGGAAGAAUGGGUCCAGGCCGCAGUCAAGCAUAUCAAUCUCCCCAAGUGCGAGAAGCAACCAGUUUCGCCCACUUCGAGACAGUGGAUGCAACUACGCGAAGAAAGGUUCCCAGAGAUGAAGAUGUGCGAGAAAUGCUACGAGGAGACUUUGGCUCUUACAUCCAUAAGUGAGCACUUUGAGUUGUAUCCCCAAGAGCCCAGUGUCACGGGACUGGACUGGAUGGAUGUGGCUCUUGGGUAUCGAACGGUGGAACCCAGCCCUUGGCUCUGCAGCGCGACGAAUCUCUCAGUACAAGUCACGAUUGCAGCUGCCAAGAGCCAGAAAGAGAUCGGAGUGCUCUACAAGGCGUUUGAAACCAUUAUGCCGAGCCCUCAUUGCACGGAAAAGGGCAUCGUUGGCGGAGUCUGGUACACAUUGAGGGAUGGAGGGUGUGAUAGUUACAUCCUCUGUGCCGCUUGUUACGCAGGUUACGUGGAAACAUGGCAGCUAGACCGGUUCUAUCAGAGGGUUGAGGGGCAGGAUAAUACGCAAGCCCUUCUCUGCAGUUUCCAGCGUUCAGCUCCUCGAUGGUUCCAACAUAUGCAUCGGAUGCAAGAGGCCGUCGAGACGGGCGUCUGGUCUCGGUACGCGGGCUUCGUCCGCAAGUUCGACGGAGUGCCGGACUGUUCUCGAGAAACACAAGUCGAGAAUCGCAAGUGGUACGGCUGGGACGACUGCACGAUCUGUCCAGAGUGCUACAUCACGUUCUGCAAGGAGUCAGCACCAGACCCUGGGGUCCAGAUGGAUUACAACAACCAACUGGUUGCCGACAGAAGGAUGUGUUGCAUGUACUCUCCUCGCAUGCGGCAAAAAUGGUCCGAAGCCUGCGAGAAAGGCGACGCCCACGAGCUGGUAGAGUUCUCGAGACUCCGUCACGGCGUCUACGUGGAGACGGUGCUCCAGGUCCAGAUGCUCCGCCAGAUGCAAGAGCUCCAGAUGAUGAACGCCAUGCACGCCGGCUUCAUGAGCGUCACGUACCAGGGCAUCGAGGGCAUGAGGGUCGUGUCCGGGACGACGGACGGGUACGAGCACGGCAACAGCACUCUAGGUUGGCACGCAACGGAGGAGGGGGCUACGAGCGCUGCGUUCCGGAACCAGAUGCAGUCGGGCAUGAGUCAGUCCAACAGCACGAGUACUUGGAUGAUGAUUUUUCAACUGACGGCAAAGUGGAAAGAGGUUGAGUGA